GAGGGAAUGUUCUCAGGUAUAUUGGACAUUUGAAAAUAGCAAAAGAGUGAGAAUCAGAUUCUUGCAGAAUGAGGUUCUCCUCUUCCCCACACAGCAAAAAGAAAUAACUUUUAUGGAGUUGACUCUUGAGAAAGAAAAAAAACCCAAGAGUUGAGUGAGAGUCUCGUGGGUGCCUUCUGACUCACUCCUUUGUAUAUAUUUACACAUGAAUCUCAACUCUGAAGGUAUGCUUAUUGCGAGAUUCCUUGACUUCUCUUGGAAUGAACGUCAACUAUUCACCUUCUGUUUUAUCUCUGGUAUGAUGAAUCUGUAAGAUUCUAACAAUGGAGUAGUAUAUGCAAAAUUUCUAUGAUUCGUAUAGUGAAUGAUCAGCUUUUGGUAAAAUGAACUCUAUGUUGAUGCCAUUGUCACUCUGCUCUGUAAAGAAAAGCAGAUAUAUGUUUGUGGGGAUGUUCUAUUUUAGUCAUAAAGUUCUUACAGCAUCUCUCGCAAAAGUGACGUUGACUUUCAUUAGGCCUAAGCCCUGUUUAAUACUAUUUGCAAGGAUAAUUCCAAUUCCAAUUCCUUACUUUAAGUUGAUAGAAAAGAUUUGAUUCCUCACCACCAUUUUGUUAGGGGGGGGUUUUCUGUUCUUUUAUUGGCAACUUUCUCCUCUUGCCUUCAUGUAUAAUUGUAUAAUCAUGUUACUCAUGUAUAUAUACACUUCACUACAGAAACAGUUCUUAUAAGACAUCACAAAUCCAAUAGUGUUGUUUAGUCUUGUAUAUAUCAAUGAGGCUUCACUUAUCUGCCAAGUUUAGGCAAGUUCUUGGCCACGCCAAGGAUCAAGCCUCUAUUGGCAGAGCUAUUGUACAAAACUACAAUGAGAAAUCUUUUUUUGACAUUGAAGUUGCUGUGGUUCGAGCUACAAGCCAUGAUGAUUGCCCUGUUGGUGACAAAACCAUGCACGAGAUUCUCUUCCUUGUCUCUAACACUCCGGGAGCAGUUCCUUUUCUUGCUGAGCAGAUCUCACGCCGUCUAGCCAAGACAAGAGAUUACUUAGUCGCUGGUAAAACUCUGUUACUCAUCCACCGUCUCUUGCGUAGUAGCAGUCGCUGCAUCGAGCAGCAGUUGCAUAUAGCACACACCUCUGGCCAUCUCCAAAUAGGUUGCUGCUGGUUCAUGAUGAGCCAGGAUCAUCCAUCUUUUGCUUUUCUGCAGAACUAUGUAGCUUAUCUCGAAGAAAGAGUUGGAUGGAUCAUCAACCAAGCUGGUAAGCUUGAACCUGUAAUGUCUGGCGGUACAAAGUGUAGUCGUUACAAAGAGAAAUCAAUGGAUCUUGUGUUCCAUAUCUUACCAAAGUGCCAGGAAUUCAUUGCAAAGGUGUUGAAGUGUUCACCGGUUGAUGUAUGGCCUAUGGAUAACCUGGUCCAAGCUGCUACAGGCAGCAUCCUAAAAGAGAGUUUCCAUGUCUACAUGACGUAUUCUGAUGGCAUAGCCGCACUGAGUAACAUGCUAUUUGAUCUUUCAAGACCCGCGAGAGAUUUAGCUUGCGGGAUGCUGAGAAAAGCUUCUCAGCAGAUUGAAGAUCUUCGUGUCAUGUAUGAAAAGUGUAGAGGAUUCACCGGGAUGAAGAGCUUGGAUUACCCAUCUGUGCAAGCUAUUACCAUGGAUCAUAUAGUAGCACUGGAGCAAUGCUCAAGCUAUAAUACUUGUGCAGGUUCUGUGUUGAAGCGCACUGGCGGUGAAAGAGGUUUCUCUGUCUCCACCAACUUAAGAGAUUCAGUCACUUGCAAUGAAAAAAUUGCAUCUACCAGUCUUUUCUUGUUACCAGUGGAGACCAAAAUCAGCAUGGUAUGGGUUGUUUUUGACAAUGAAGAAUCAGAUAAGCCAACAGAGAGCAUAUGAGUGUUGAUCAUUCAUCUCAGAGGAAAUAUAAGAAAAUUGUGGAAUGAAGAGGUAUAGGUUUGGUUUAUGCACAUAGAUGCUUAGGAGGGAGGAUUGUGUCUCUGAUUCAUGUUAAACAGUUUUAUUGUUGUCAACUUACAUAAUACCAAUCAAUACACGUUUUUUUUACCGGAUUUCAUA